GGGCUAGCUAUAAGAUUCCAAUUUUUGUUCACUCAUCCACCCAAUAACCGGCCUUGGCUUUUCUCUCAUCAUACUUCUCAAACUUAUUUCACUCCCUCCUUCUCUCUGUAUAUCAGUCAGCCUCAGAACCAAUUCAUCCCAUUCUCUCUAUCUGUUAAGUUAAUGCAAUGGCAAUUGAGUGCAUGAUCACAACAACAAGAAGCACGCAAUCCAUGGCUCAACCCCCUUCCCUAAAAACAGAGCACAAACAAGAUGACCAAAAACCAUUAGUUUUUGAUGCCUCAGUGCUCAGGUACCAGACAGAAAUACCAGAACAGUUCAUAUGGCCUGAUGAGGAAAAGCCCUGCGCAAACACCCCUGAGCUCCAAGUCCCUCUUAUAGACUUGGGUGGUUUUCUCUCUGGCAACAAACAAGCUGCAAUGAAAGCCUCCACAAUUGUAGGCGAGGCCUGCCAAAAGCAUGGCUUUUUCCUUGUUGUGAAUCAUGGUGUUGACAAUCAACUCAUAGCCGAUGCUCAUCGCUACAUGGAUGAUUUUUUCGGGUUGCCUCUGUCUGAAAAACAGAGAGCGCAGAGGCUAGCAGGGGAGCACUGUGGCUAUGCCAGCAGCUUCACUGGUAGAUUCUCGUCAAAACUUCCAUGGAAGGAGACUCUUUCUUUUCGCUACUCUGCAGAUAAAAGCUCAUCCAGUAUCGUCCAAGAUUAUCUCUGCAGUAAAAUGGGAGAAGAAUUCAAGGAAUUCGGGAGGGUGUACCAAGAUUACAGUGAGGCUAUGAGCACUCUUUCUGUUGGGAUCAUGGAGCUUCUGGGCUUGAGCCUUGGGGUUGGCAGAGCCCAUUUCAAGGAAUUUUUCGAAGACAAUGAUUCGAUAAUGAGGUUGAAUUACUACCCACCAUGCCAGAAACCUGAUCAAACUUUAGGCACCGGUCCUCAUUGCGAUCCAACAUCUUUAACUAUUCUCCACCAAGAUCAAGUUGGAGGGCUUGAGGUGUUUGUGGAUGAUAAAUGGCAUUCCAUUAGCCCAAAUUUAAAUGCCUUUGUUGUUAACAUUGGUGACACUUUCAUGGCUCUUUCAAACGGGAGUUACAAGAGCUGCUUGCACAGGGCAGUGGUGAACAGCCAAACACCAAGGAAGUCUCUUGCAUUCUUCUUGUGUCCCAGAGAUGAUAAGGUGGUGAAGCCACCAAAUGGGCUGGUUGAUGAUACUUCGUGUCCAAGAAUAUAUCCAGAUUUCACAUGGCCUAUGCUGCUGGAGUUCACACAGAAGCAUUACAGAGCAGACAUGAAGACUCUCCAAGUCUUCUCAAACUGGCUUCAACAGAAAAGCAGCUGAAUUUUUACCAAAAGGGUAUGGGGUAUGGGGUCUUCUUCCUGCCAAAACUAUGAGAAAAUGACAUCAUUGAAGGAGAUGAACAGAGGCGGUAGGCCUGAGAGUUUUGCUAAGAGUUGAAAACUUGAAACGAGUUAGGACAAAGGCAAAGUUAGAGGAAAAGCCAGUUUUUUUUUCUUUUUUUUUUUUCUACUGUUUCCGUUGGGUCUUGUAAUUAGCUAGCUAGUUUUUCUUAGUGACCAACAAAAAGCCAGACAAAAAAAUUGACAUAAGGAACCAAUAAACUAAGAGCUGGUUUCA